UUGGAAUGUCAUAUAUUGGGGGAAGGUUGCAACCUAGCCCACACCGAUUUGCCACCCCUACACCGAUUCGCCACCCCUACACCGAUUCGUCACCUUUCUCGUCGUCUUAGUGUUUUUUUUCCUCCACUUGACUUUUAGCAUUGUUUUCCAUAAUCAAGGUGUAAACAUGAGAAAGAAGGUUGAUGAUCGAAUUCGCUCCAUGAUUCAAAAUGGAGUGAAGAUGAAAUAUCGUUCUUUUUUUGUUAUAAUUGGUGAUAAGGCUCGCGAUCAGGUGGUUAAUCUACAUUAUUUGUUGAGUAACGAACUAAUGAAAUCUCGCCCAACUGUCCUGUGGUGUUACAAGAACAAACUAGAGAUUAGCAGCCAUAAAAGGAAAAGAGCUAAACAAGUAAAAAAGUUGAUGCAAAGAGGACUUCUUGAUCCUGAAAAAGUAGAUCCAUUUCUACUUUUCAGUGAAAGUGGAGGUUUGUCCUAUUGUCAAUACAAGGACUCAGAUCGUAUACUUGGGAAUACUUAUGGGAUGUGUGUUCUACAGGAUUUUGAGGCUUUGACACCUAACAUACUUGCUAGAACCAUUGAGACUGUUGAAGGUGGUGGCUUAGUGGUUAUGCUUCUUAACACGCUAUCUUCACUUACAACACUUUGUACCAUGGUUAUGGACAUUCACGAGCGUUAUCGGACAGAGGCACAUGCUGAGAUUGUUUCUCGUUUUAACGAGAGAUUCCUAUUAUCUCUUGCAUCAUGCAAAGCAUGCAUGGUCAUGGAUGAUGAACUCAAUAUUUUGCCUCUCUCUUCUCGUGUGAGGGCACUAACUUCCUCAUCUAUUAAUGAGGAAUGUAGGUCUGAAACGGAGCAAGAAUUGAAAAAUCUAAAAGACCAAUUGCACGAUGUUUUCCCAAUUGGUUUGUUAGUUAGGCUUUGCACAACAUUAGACCAGGGAAAAGCAGUUUCAAUUUUUCUUGAUACUAUCCUUGAUAAAACACCUGAUAGCAUUGUUGCACUAAUUGCUCCUAGAGGAAGAGGUAAAUCUGCAGCACUAGGUAUAGCAAUAGUUGGAGCCAUUGCGUCCGGGUACUCUAAUAUUUUUGUAACUGCUCCUACGCCGGAGAACUUGAAAUCAUUAUUUGAGUUUAUUUGCAAGGCACUAAAGACUCUUCAAUAUGAGGAACAUUUGCAUUACAAUUUGGUGCGAAGUUCUAGCUCAGAGUCACGGAAGACAAUUGUACAAGUGAACAUCUACAAGCAACAUCGGCAAACCAUUCAGUAUAUUCUACCCAAUGAGUAUCAAAAGCUCUCCCAGGCUGAGCUACUAGUAAUUGAUGAAGCGGCUGCAAUACCUCUGCCCGUCAUUCGGUCAUUGCUAGGAUCUCAUAUGGUUUUCUUAUCUUCAACUGUAAAUGGUUAUGAAGGUACUGGCCGCUCUUUAUCUUUAAAGCUUCUAAGGCAUUUGGAAAAGAAAAGUCAAAUAGCAGAAGGCAAUGACUCUGCUAGCCUUUCAGGGAGAAAGUUUUGUAUGUUAGAAUUGCAAAAACCUAUUAGAUAUGCUUCUGGCGAUCAUUUGGAGAGUUGGCUUAAUAGUUUACUUUGCCUGGAUGUUACAAGUACCGUGCCACCCAUCUCGAGGCUUCCCCUACCUAGUGAGUGCAACUUAUAUUAUGUGAAUCGAGACACUCUCUUCUCCUUUCACAAAGAUAGUGAAAUUUUUCUUCAGCGGAUGAUGGCUCUUUAUGUUGCAUCUCACUACAAAAAUUCUCCCAACGAUCUUCAAUUAAUGGCUGAUGCUCCAGCUCAUCAUCUCUUUGUGUUGUUAGGUCCGGUUGAUGAGUUACAAAAUGUUCUCCCAGAUAUUUUAUGUGUUAUACAGGUUUGUUUGGAAGGACAAAUUUCUCGUAAUUCUGCAUUACAGAGCUUGCAAAUGGGUCGUCAGCCACCUGGGGAUCAAAUUCCCUGGAAAUUUUGUCAAGUAUUUAGGGAUACGGAUUUUCCAAGUCUCUCAGGUGCUCGUGUUGUAAGGAUAGCCGUUCAUCCUAGUGCUUUAAGGGAGGGAUAUGGGUCAACCGCUAUGGAACUUUUGACAAGGUAUUACGAAGGAAAACUAACAAAGCUUAGUGAAAGAGAAUGUGAGAAUGUUUCUACCACCAAUGAAAAAGUUGUUGAGCAUGCCAAAAAGGUGUCGUUGCAAGAAGAAACCAUAGUCCCUAAACAAAAUCUUCCCCCACUGCUUGUUCCUGUUUCCGAACGUUCACCCGAAAAGAUUGAUUACGUUGGUGCUUCAUUUGGACUCACAACCGAACUAUUUGGAUUUUGGAAGAAACUUAAGUUUCUUCCAUUUUACAUUUCUCGAAAUCCAAAUGACAUGACUGGUGAGUGUAGUUGUAUGGUGCUCAGGCCAUUGAAUCUUGACCAAAUAACAGAUUCAUGUUCUCAGCCCCAUGGACUUACCACCGCUUUCUAUAAACGGUUUAGAAGUAAGUUUAUCCUUGAUGUUCCUCAUUUCUUUCGAGAUCUCGACUACAAGGUUGUUAUGAGCAUCUUGGAUCCAAAGAUUAGUUCCUCCAAAGCUGAAUCAAGGGCAUCUCAAGAAAAGGAAAGCUCAAAGUCACCCAUUGAUCUUGCUAGUUUUGAUGAAUUGGAAGCAUAUGUGAAUAAUCAAAUAGACUAUAAAGAGGUCUUUCAUGUUGCAACUAUGCUUGCUCAAAGCUAUUUUGAUGGAAAACUAGGAGUCACAUUAUCUGCUGUUGAAGCUUCUAUAUUAUCAUGCGUUGGCUUGCAACUCAAAGAUAUAUCAAGUCUUGAGGUCGGUAUGAAUUUAGGAAGGACACACGUCUUGUCAAAAUUCUACAAGUUGAUGAAGAAGUUCUACCAACAUUUCAAGGACCUUCUAAUGAAAGAGAUGGGUACAAGUUUUCCUCAACAAGAAGAGGUAAUACUAAAACCACAUGAGAUUUCGGUUGAUGCUGACCUCUAUGAUGGAGCCAGACAAGUAAAUGUUGAUCUGAAAGCAAUGGGAGUUGAAGAUGUACAAUUGCAGAAAUAUGGGAUUGAAAAUAGAGAAGCUGAAUUGAAUGAGGCCCUUCAGCAAUGCAAUUCAUUAUCAAAAAGUGGUCUUAUCAGUGUCAAAUCUUCUUAUGCUCAACCCGGUAAGUUGGAUAUGAGCAUUACAAGUUCUAAGAGGAAAAGAAAACAUUGAUGUAGUCUUGUUAAUUUCUAGCCUAAUGAGUAUACAACUUGUAGGUUUAGAUUUUAUUUUCCUUGUAUUAUUAUUAUUCUUUUCAUUUUUACCAAUCAUCUACUUUUAAGAUGGGAAUAUCAUAUAUGUUGCAUCAUUGCUAGGUGCAUUCUUAUGCAUUGAUUAAACUCUUGUUAGUGAUAAAGAUUAGCGUAUUACUCCUUCUGUUUAUUA